AUGGACCUUCCGGCUAUUAUUAUCAACUUUGAAGAUAAUGAUAUCCUGCAACAUUUUGGUGGUGCGGCAGCGGCCGAAAUUGAAGCAAAUACUGCCGCGGAAUCGGGCAUUGGCGGUGACCAAACGAUACCAAGCACCGGCGGGGGGAUACAUCCCAUGAUGCUAAGAGAGAAAGCCGAGGUUUCGGCCAUGUACGAUACGAUUCUGAAACUUUACAUGGAAAGCAACUACAUGGAAAUAAUGUUCCUUUUACCGCAGUUGACAAAAUUCAAUAUGCUCCCACCCAUCUUUAAUUUAAUCGUUGGUUGUUCUUUUAUUCAUUUUGGCCGGUUUUCAAGUGCUUUUAGAGAGUUGGGGUUUGCCAUUUGCAUGGCACCCACCGAACAUAAGAGAAAAGAGUUCAUCAGAGUCUUGGCUUGUACAUAUGCAGAUUUAAACAAAAGAGAACAUGUUAUGGGAUGUCUUGGUGAGAUCUUGGAUAUUUCAAGGAACAAUUUGAUCACAACCAAGGAUUUUGAUAGUAUGAAGAUUGAAAUUUGUAAUUUGGAAAAGGAAUUGUUACAGAGAUUGGAAUUGGCGCAAAUCAAUAACAAGUAUGUUGAGACAACCGUUAUCUUUAAAGCAAAAAGCUAUUGCAGAGUAGAGCAAGUGGGGGGGGGGGAGGGAAUGGUGUUUAUUUUUUGUUUUUUGUUUGUUUGACCCAUACUAACCAUACGCUUCUUUUCACUCUUUUUUUAGGUUCAACAAAUCCAAAUCCUUUGACGACCAAAUCUUGGACUUGGAAACGGUGGAUAAAGUAUUCCACAAGGAUUCAUUCACCGGUAAAUGCCAAACUAUUGUCAACAAGCUUUAUCAUGCAGAUGCGGCGCUUGAAAAAUGGAACAAAGAACGAAAGCCCCUUAAAAAUAACCCUUUAAAAACCUUGGUUGAGGCAAUCUCUGUAUUCGGGCCAAACAUAGCCUAUUACCAUAUGCUCAAGAUGGAACCGAUAAUGAACCAGUAUUUCGAGUUUUUGGCAAACCAGUCUUUGUUGCCCAAACCGAAAGGUAGAAUAGUUUCAAAUUUCUUCACUGGUCCCGUUUCGACGGUGUCGAUAACUUUUGCCCACCAGAUCAAAAUGAUUAAAGGGUUCAUAGCCAUGUUGCGUCACCAGUAUAAGGAGGCGGCAGACUUGUUUGCCGAGGCUGCUGAAAUCGACGAUAACAACAACGAGUACAGAAUCAAUGCCGUGUUUCUCAAGUCCUACUGCCAAGCGAACGAAACGAACCAAAGUAAAAGAGACUUGGAGAUCUUGGCCGGAAAAAUCACCAGGAACCCCAUCAAGUCCUCUUUGAAGUACCAUGUGUUGGCCAAAGUCUACCACAAAUUGUAUUUGUUGGAAAAGUCCAAAUAUAGGAAGAGCAUUUUGAAAAGCUCGGGCCCAAACUACCGCGACAUGUCCCUCAAGUGCUACUUGUCUGCAGCCACCUUGGCAGAAGAGGACGAUUUGCUUGUUGCAGAAUAUUACGACAAUAUUCUCAACUUUUUGGUGGACGAAACCGAUAACCACCAGAACUUGGAUAUGAAGGUUCUAACUUUUUUUUAUCAGGUUCGGAACUUGUUUUGCUUGUACUCCGACUACAACUACUUGCACAUACCAGGCUUGGUUUGCGACUGGCAGGUUGUUAAGCAGAAUCCAAAGCUUUUGAACCAGAUCCAGCAACAUAUUGAAAGAGGCAACGCGGGCGCCGCGGGCGAUGAUAUGGUUAAUUUAAAUCUAAGCACGCCAGCCACAAGCUCAGCAGGCCCAUCGAAGAAGCUUGGGACUAAGCAAUUUGACCUUAUCAACUACUGGAUAAAGGAGUACCAAAGGUACAAAGGUGAAAUACCAGACGCGGUAAAGAAAUAUUUGUGA